GUGCUGGAGGGCCACAUCUACGAUGUGAAUGGUGUGAUUGCGCUGCCGAGUGCGGAUGGCCAGCUGCCUGUCCUGGUCUCGUGGUCGGACGACAAGACGAUCCGGGUGUGGCAUCCUGCGGACGACGGGACGGGCGCCAUGCGGUACACCGCGGACACUGCCUCCUGCAAGGUGCUGGAGGGUCACACCGGUGAUGUGAAUGGUGUGAUUGCGCUGCCGAGUGCAGAUAGCCAGCUGCCUGUCCUGGUCUCGUGGUCAAGGGACAGGACGAUCCGGGUGUGGCAUGCUGCGGACGACGGGACGGGCGCCAUGCGGUACACCGCGGACAGUGCCUCCUGUGAGGUGCUGGAGGGCUACAUCUACAAUGUGAAUGGUGUGAUUGCGCUGCCGAGUGCGGAUGGCCAGCUGCCUAUCCUGGUCUCGUGGUCGAGAGACAGGACGAUCCGAGUGUGGCAUGCUGCGGACGACGGGACGGGCGCCAUGCGGUACACCGCGGACAGUGCCUCCUGUGAGGUGCUGGAGGGCCACACCACCUGGGUGAAUGGUGUGAUUGCGCUGCCGAGUGCGGAUGGCCAGCUGCCUGUCCUGGUCUCGUGGUCGGACGACAAGACGAUCCGGGUGUGGCAUGCUGCGUACGACGGGACGGGCGCCAUGCGGUACACCGCGGACAGUGCCUCCUGUGAGGUGCUGGAGGGCCACAUCUACAAUGUGUGGGGUGUGAUUGCGCUGCCGAGUGCGGAUGGCCAGCUGCCGGUCCUGGUCUCGUGGUCGAGAGACAACACGAUCCGGGUGUGGCAUGCUGCGGACGACGGGACGGGCGCCAUGCGGUACACCGAGGACAGUGCCUCCUGUGAGGUGCUGAAGGGCCACACCAGCGGUGUGGAGGGUGUGAUUGCGCUGCCGAGUGCGGAUGGCCAGCUGCCUGUCCUGGUCUCGUGGUCGUGGGACAACACGAUCCGGGUGUGGCAUGCUGCAGACGACGGGUCGGGCGCCGUGUGGUACACCGCGGACAGGGUCUCCUGUGAGGUGCUGGAGGGCCACAUCUACAAUGUGCGGGGUGUGAUUGCGCUGCCGAGUGCGGAUGGCCAGCUGCCUGUCCUGGUCUCGUGGUCGAUAGACAAGACGGUCCGGGUGUGGCAUGCUGCGGACGACGGGACGGGCGCCAUGCGGUACACCGCGGACAGGGACUCCUGUGAGGUGCUGGAGGGCCACACCGACGAUGUGGAGGGUGUGAUUGCGCUGCCGAGUGCGGACAGCCAGCUGCCUGUCCUGGUCUCGUGGUCGUGGGACAGGACGAUCCGGGUGUGGCAUCCUGUGGACGACGGGACGG